AUGGCUUCCUCUCUGCGAUCCCGGGCUGCGGCUGCUUUCCGGCGCUCAUCAUCACUCCGCACCACCACUGCGAGCCCUUCACAAUGGAUCCGCCACUCCAGCUCAUCCGGGCCAACACGGCGUUCUAGUGCUCGCACCUUUGGCCUAUUGACCACCGUGUUCGUCGCUGGUGCGGGUGCGCUCUGGGCGCACCCGUAUCUCAUCGGCCAGCCUGAGCCAGCGGGCCCCAAGCACCUGGAGCAGGCCGAGAUCGUCUACGAGAAGCCUCGGAAGAAGGCUGCGUCCAAGGAGGAGAGCCGCGAUAUCGUGAGCUCGCCACAUGUUCAAGUCAAGAGGAGCUGGGAGCAUCCAGGCGUUUACGCUUGGGGGUCGAAUACCGGGAAGGUGGUUGCGCCUGAUUCAAACGAGACCGUCAUCAAAACACCACGGCGAAUCCCCUAUUUUGACGGUCAAAUCCUCCGUGAUCUCAAGCUGGAUCGCGACUUCGGGGUUGCCGUCACCGAAAAGGGUGAUUUAUUGCAAUGGGGUACCGGCUUCUCCAAAGAUAUUGUUGCGCCGACCCCCACCUUGACGGGCAAGGACAUCGCCAAGGUCGCCAUCUCGCAAGACCGCAUUAUUGCCCUUUCGUCUCAUGGAUCCGUUUAUUCCAUCCCCGUCGCAAAGUCCGACCAGGUAACGGGAGAGAAACAAGUCAGCAAGUCAUCAUGGCUCCCGUUUUGGUCCUCGGAAACAGCUACCAGUUACCGUCCGCUCAAUCCCCCAAAUCUAGGCUGGCGGGAAAAGGUUGUUGACAUCAAGAGCGGGCUACAUCAUUGUCUGUUGUUGACUUCGAAGGGCCGUGUCUUCUCAGCGGCUUCGAGUUCUGAGGAGUUCCCUUCCAAGGGGCAGCUCGGUGUGCCCGGCUUGACAUGGCAAACACGGCCACCAGGCCCGUAUGACCAGCCGCACGAGGUGAAGUCCCUGGGCGGUUUUAACAUUAAAUCCAUUGCCGCCGGCGCCUUCCACUCGCUGGCCCUUGACGACAAGGGAAUGGUGUUUUCAUUUGGAGACAACACCACCGGCCAGCUUGGUCGCGAGACGCCGGUCGGGGCUGCAGUCGACACACCGUCGGCCCUCCCCAUCAACAAACUCUACAGCGGGACCAACCUGCUGCCCAAGGUCACCGGCAUCGCUGCGGGCGGACAGAACAGCUACUUUACGGUAGACGCCACGAAAACCCAGAGCCAAACCCCGAGCGAAGCAGGCCGGACGGUCGCCGACACCUGGGCCUGCGGCGCAGGCAUCCACGGCGGCCUCGGCACCGGAAAGUGGACGCACAUCUCGACGACGCCCACCAAGAUCAAGUCGCUCUCCAGCCUCUACGAGUUCGACGAGACAACCAACCACGUCACGCCAAUCCGGCUAGCGCAGCUAGCCGUCGGCAGCACGCACGCGUGCGCCAUCCUCGACAACCUGACGCGGCUGACGGCGCCGCGCAGCUCCGGGUCCGGGUCCGAGACCGACACCAACUUCGGCGCCGACGUGCUCUGGUGGGGCGGCAACGAGCACUACCAGCUGGGGACGGGCAAGCGUAACAACGCCAACGUGCCCGUCUACAUCGGUCCGCUCGACGGCGGCGGUCACGCUGAUGCGCAGCUCGGCAGGCCUACGACGGGCGAGGAGCAGCACCGCUUCCAGAUCACGCCGCGCACCAAGGUGCGGCUGGGCCCGGACGGCAAGGGCAAGUCGGCCAGCGUGGAGCAGAAGGUGGAGUGCGGCAGGUUUGUCACGGCCGUUUACUCGGCGGCUUGA